UUUUCAAAAUAGUUGUCCGUUUCCAAUAUGCUGGUAACCUGUAUUUCAGAAGAUAGGAAUAGUGUGAAUAUCCCGUUUGAUCAGGACAAGGCAAUUGAGGAGAUAUGUAUUGCUUGCAAAAAUGUUCAAGCAACUGUUCGGUUUAUUUCAUAUGAAGAGGUUUCGCAUGGACGCACAGAGACCUUGGACUAUGUUUACAAUUCCGAUGUCCUGAUUGUUGACAUGAGUGACAAGACAAAACAAGGACAACUGAAUUAUCAAUUAGGAGUUAGAGAAAGUUUGAAACUAUUCGACAAUAUUGUAAUUGUCAAUCUUUCCAGUCAUGUUUUGCUCGAUGAUCUACGUAGCAUUUUAAGUAGCAAGACAAAACUUCUCCCAUAUGUUAUAAAUGAAAACGGAUUUGCUGUACUGCUGGAGGAUAAGUGUCUGCAGAAUGCCCUUAUUGAUAAUGAUAUAUUGAAAAAUCAGAUAUGCGGUGACCUCGGUCGUUUGUCUGAGGAAUUAGAGGAUAUACUUUCAGAAAUGAGUAGUGGUGAUCGGGCUCCACUGAAGGAUAAAUUCAUUGAUGACCUACGAAGGGAUCGCGAUUUAUUCAAAGGACAGGAACUCAGAGAGCGUCUUCGAGUAAUGCGCCGUAGAUUGGAUUAUCCAGGGAUGCUUUCAUCGGACGUUAUUCUCAAUCUGCUACUAUCAUACAGACAAUGCGAGGAUUUCGAUGCUAUGGUUACGUUAAUCGAAGAAAUUAAAGCUUUAAAAUUAAAUCAAGACAUUCUAAAUGUAUGUAUGAUUCAGUAUCUAUACGCUUUUGCUUUGCAUCGACGUAAUAAGAAUGGCGAUCGAGAUGCUGCACUGGCUGUAACUGAACAAAUUUUAAAAGCAUGCGCUAAACCUUCAGCUGAUAUGUAUGGACUUUUUGGUCGUAUUCAAAAAGAUCGCUUUAUGGAUUCUUGUGGUGAAGAUAAGGAGGCUCUGGAUUUAGCCAUUCAAGGCUAUCGAGAAGGACUGAAAAUUGAUGCAAAUGAAUAUCUUUUAGUAAAUGUCGCCACACUUCUAGUGAUCAAAGGGAUGGAUCUGGAAACAAGUGCAGAAAUGCGUAAAAUUUGCAAUACGCUCAAUUUACGUGUUGGCCAAAAAGGUAAUAUCUCCACAAUCAAUGACUACUGGGACGUGGCCACACUAUUUGAGGUGCGUGUAAUAAGUGAAGACUAUGCUGGUGCUGUUCAAGCUGUAGAACGAAUGUAUCUCUUAGAUCCACCUGAUUGGCAACUGGAAUCUACUUUAGGCAACAUAAAAAUGAUCUGCAAAUUUCGUAAGCCGCCAGAAGAAAACAAAAUUGCAAAGCCGCAAAAACUAUUCGACUUCUGGAUGGAGUUUCUAUCCACUGUUUGCGAUAGUGACGACAGUGAUUCCCUAUUUGUUGUACCGGAUGAAACAGAAACUGACUCUUUCGUGAGACCAUAUGAGAGUUAUACCAAACGAAUAGUAUACCCGGUCUUGGUAACUGAACAAAAUUGCACCGUUAUGAAACCGGCAAAUAUUCAAGUCAAUAUAGAUGCUUUCCCACGAAAUCUUCGAGUUAUCUUCUAUGAUCUAGACUAUACAAUUUCUACAAGUGUACAAUCAGUUGAUUUACAAAACUGUGGAUCUAUGCGUCAACAUUUUCCACGUUUCAAUGCGCAUGAUCAAGAUGAAGAUUUAAUUUUUAACGCUGAAGAUAUUAUCGGUAUAAACAUGACAGAAAAUAAUAGUCGUAGUGUUUACUUAUACACAACCUGUUCUCUGCCAAAUUAUCGAAUAUCAUUUUCAUGUGAAAAAGUUAAAAUGCAGUUCUAUACAGUUCUUCGUGACUGUCUGUUUUCAGAAGAAGAAAAUUCUGGUUUAUUACUAGACGAACACUCUACUGAACCAUUUAAAUGGACAUUUGAUUUAAAUGAUCGUAAUCAACGUGAAAUUCUAGGCAGAGGUAGUUUUGGUGUGGUUUAUACCGGUUGGGACCUAACAAAACAAAUUAAAAUUGCUAUCAAAGAAAUCGAUGCAGUGAAUAUUAGGGAAUUUCAACCAUUACAUGAUGAAAUUCGUUUACAUUCAAAACUUCAUCAUAAAAACAUUGUACAGUACCUGGGCUCUGUGGAUCAUGAAGGAAUGUUUAUGAUAUUUAUGGAACUAGUUCCUGGUGCAUCAUUAACAUCACUUGUCUCGAAAUAUGGUUCUUUGAAAGAGGAAACAGUUGCAAAUUAUUCCAAACAAAUAUUGGAAGGUCUACAGUAUUUACAUGCAAACAGAAUUAUUCAUCGAGAUAUUAAAGGAGAUAAUAUUCUUGUUAAUAUGUAUAAAGGUGAACUGAAAAUAACAGAUUUUGGAGCAUCAAAAAGAUUAGCAGGCUUAAUUCCAAGAGCUCAAACAUUUAAAGGUACUAUGCGCUACAUGGCACCAGAACUUAUCAGGGGAAGUUGUGGAUUCGCAGCGGACAUAUGGAGUUUUGGGUGUACUGUUGUCGAAAUGCUGACAGGAAAACAACCGUUUAGUGAGCUUGGUAAUGCAAUGACUGCGUUAUAUCGAGUUGGCAUGGAUUUGCAACAUCCUAAAAUCCCCGAAGGAGUUUCAACGGCUUGUAAUAACUUCAUACUAAAAACAUUUAUCAUUGAACCAUCCAAUCGUGCAGACGCUAAUGAAUUGUUAUCAGACCCAUUUCUUCUAAGCUUUACAAAACUACGACGACGUAAACCAGUGAGACUAGCACACUCUCCAGAUAGAUUUCGGCCCUCGAAUGGAUUUUGUAAACCUGACUCUAUAUCAUCUGAACCAGUUCUAAGAUCCUUAUCAAAUAUAUCAAAUCAGUCAACUUCACCGGUAAUAUUAUCUGGUUCUGCUUCAUGGGGGAGUAAAAGUAAUCGUUUACUAAAUGUAAUUCACAUUAGUAAUUCAAUUAUGUCAGAAAGUGAAAAAUCCGACAAUGAUACCGCUUCCAUAUUUUCAAAUGAAUCCUUCCGUCAAUCGAACGUAACAAAUAAAACAGGGAAUGAAAAAGCUAAUGGAGAAAAAAUGUCCACAGAAUCAGUAAAUCAUAUUUCAAUUUUGCCUGUCAAGGUAGAAAAAAUGAAAAUACCAGGUGUAAGUAUAACAAGGGAUGAGAAACGCAAAUCUUCAACAAAUAGUCCUAGUUUCGGAAAUUCAGAAGAUCCAUUUAAUUUUAUUAAACAGGACUCUGAAGCAAAACGACGUUUAUCAAAUGCAUUAAUCUCGGAGAAACAGUCAAUAGUUGAUGCAUGGAUUGAUAUAGUUUCUCGGUGUACACAAUCAAAUAUUUUAAAUAGAGUCAAAGAUGACAUGAUAUCAGAUCAAGGCAAACAAGUAAAUAACUCCGAAACUGAUAGUAAAUCGAAUGAAGGAAUUGAAAAGAAAUUAUUAGAGUGUCUUUUAGAUAUGAUAACUGAUAGUUUACAAGGUGGAAUCUGUUGGUCUCAACUUGCUAACUACCUUAGAAUCCCAGCAAAUAAAUGUACGAAUGAAGGAUUGACUGAAUCCACCAAUGGGAUAGUGGGUGACGCGAACAAGGUCGCUUUAUUACCUAGUUCAAAACGUUAUUCAGUAGGCGGGGAAGAUUUAGGUGGACGUUUUUUAAAAUUGCUACAUUCUUCAAAGAUAUCUGAACAAAAUAAUGCAUGUCUUCCAGUGGGAACACCUUUAGUUUGUAAUUAUUUACGAGUAGCUUUAGCAGCACUUCCAAGUGUCAUUGCUGCACCUUUACUUCGCCAAGUGAGUCGUCCACAUGAAGUAUUAGCAUGGGAAAAAUUGAUCAAAGAUGCAAUCACUUCAGCAACCAAUCAAAUUAGCAAUAUAGCUCCAAUAAGUACAGUUCACUUACGUCGUCAUCAAACAUAUGCAGCACAGCACAAUCGUAGACUAGUCAAACAAAUCACUACAGAAGCUGACCUCGACUCACCAUCAUUGGUUCGUCAAUCGACUCCUUCAACCCGACCGUUCACUAUGGUUUCUAUGUUACCUAGUCCCUACUAUUCAUCAAUUGAUUCAACAGUGGAUGAAACAAAGAAGAAUACAAACAGCUUGUCAUUAUCACAGAAAUCAUUAACCUUUUCAAAUGAAGCAAUUCCUGAAGAACCAAUGGAAAUUAUUCAAUGUGCAAGGAGAAUUACUAGUGUUCAAUCAAGUGCUCCUUUGUGUCAUGCUAAAUCAAGGACUGGCAGAACGCUAGAUGAGAUUAAUAAUCAUGAAAAUUCUGCUAGUGGUUUAGUAGACAAAUUUGAAAACUGGAUUUAGUACACUAGACGAUUGGUUCAAAGAUCUCCGGAUACCCGAAGAAGACCGUGUGAAAGUUAGUAACAUGCUAAAACUUAUUCUAGUGUAACUCAUUUUCUCUCUUAGAGAUAUUAGUUUGGUGCUUCAACAAUAACACAUACAAAUGUAUUCUCCAAUUUUCAAUUCAGAAAUGUUUUAUUUGUCGAUAGAUAUAAGCAAACUUUCAUGGGGUGAUUGGGUAUAAUCUUAGCUCCUUCUUAACUUCAUCUAAGACACAUGACAGAGACGACUGGUAUUUUGAAAUAUUCAGUUGAAAAAGUCCUUCUAGAUUAAUUUGACAAAUGAUCGUGUCUAAAGACAAGACUGAACAAUCAGAUCCUAAUCGAUUGGGAAGUGAAAGAACUACAAGCUAAUUUCUCCUUAUCACUUAUGAUGGUCCAGAAAUUUUGUGCGCGCUUAGUUUGUAAACGUGUCAUCCUGUUAUUAUUCACUCAACCAUGCAAUAUAAUUGCAUUUACUAAUCGAUCAGUAUCCUAUCCAUUGAUACUGAUAAUUGAAAAUUUUGUCUUAUCGAAUCAUCAGAAAACUUCUACACGACAUUGACUAUAAUGAAACCUUCGACUUAGACCUCUACGAAAUACUCAUCAGAAGUAUGCAAGGUACUUGAAAUAAACUAAUGUGGAUGUAGCUUACUUCCCAAUGCUAAUAGAUAUGAAGUUUGAUCGUAAAACAACAUUGCUGAGAUUUUUGAAAACAGAAGAUUGGCAUUGUGAAUUGGUAGAUCCAGUAGUAGUUAACACAGUUCAGAUGAAGUAGAGAAAAAAGCACUCUAUCACUUCAGUAUAAAACGAUAACAAAAAAUGUCACUAACACUAUUUAUUGUGAGACAUCAAUAAAACAAUUAAUUUAUCUUUAUCAGCUUCGUCGGAAUCACAUUACUGAUGAAGAAGACUUCUUAGAUGCUAUCACAAAAGAAGAUUUAUGGAAGAUGAGUUUAAGUGGUGGGACAGUUCUUCGGCUUUGGAGAAACGUACAGAAAAUCCGUUCAAUGGAAUAAUGUCUUAUGAAAAAUCUCAAAGAUUACAAUUAGAAUUCUUUUACAGAACCCAUAUUUUUACAGUAACAUUUUAUUUCCCACCAUGAAACAAAAGCCUGAAACGUGCCUUUAUUUUAUAAGUAUUUUGGAAACCACACUACUCAAAUAUCAAAUAAAGUUACAAUGAAUGCAUCUUAAAUUACUGAUUUGGUUUUCAAUGUGUGUGAUCAUUGGUUUACUAUGAAAGCAUAAUAGAAAGUUUCGCCUCAAAGAUAUUUUAUUUAUGCAAUAAAAAGGUAUGAUGUUUUAUACACUGGUAUACUUUUAUCAUGAAUACAUUCAAAUUUCGAUAAUCAUUCGAUCAUGGUUUGUUAAUUGGAUG